AUGACCACCGCCACGAUGCUUCCCACCCAGCCCGCCGAACUGCGCCGGAUUAUCCGGGCCGGCGAGUUCGCCGGCGUGACCUCGGGCCUCGCCAACGGGCACGUGCAGGCGAACCUCGCCGUCCUGCCCCGCGACCUCGCUUUCGACUUCCUGCUCUUCUGCCAGCGAAACCCCCAACCGUGCCCGCUGCUGGAAGUCAUCGAGCCCGGCUUCGUUGAGCCCACGUUCACCGCGCCGGGCGCGGACAUCAGCACCGACGUGCCCGCCUACCGCAUCUACGAGAACGGCGAGAUGGUCGCCGAACUGGAAUCGGUGGCCGAGGUGUGGCGGGACGACCUGGUGUCGUUCCUGCUCGGUUGCAGCUUCUCCUUCGAAGCGGCGCUGGCCGACUGCGGCAUACCCCUGCGCCACCAGGAAGCCCGUAGCAAUGUACCGAUGUACAUCACCAACAUCCCCACCCGACCGGCGGGCAUGUUCUCCGGCCCCAUGGUGGUCAGCAUGCGCCCGAUACCGCAGGCGCAAAUCGUCCGGGCGGUGCAGGUGACCUCCCGUUUCCCGGACACCCACGGCGCCCCGAUACACAUCGGCGACCCUGACGCCAUCGGCAUCCGCGACAUCAACGCCCCGGAGUUCGGCGAGGCCGUGGAGAUACGCCCCGGCGAAACCCCGGUGUUCUGGGCGUGCGGGGUCACCCCGCAGGCCGUCGCUCUCAACUGCAAGCCGCCCCUGAUGAUCACCCACGCCCCGGGCAAGAUGUUCAUCACCGAUCGGCGCGAUUCCCGAUUACGCAGUCAUCUGAUAGCGGGGAACCAUGACACGAACUAUGAAGACAUCGUCCUCGACCACGACCGGCGGGGAUCGGCGCGCUCCGGCCCACGUCCCAGGCGACUUUCUUCUGCGCCCAGGCCGCACGUUAUAAUCCUCGGGCAUCCGGGCCCGGUGGUCAUCACCACUCGCGAUUCUACAUCCUGA